UCUCUUUUGUCUCACCAAGUGGAUGAGAGCUUCAUUUCAAACCUCGUUAAUGGUUAAGCACUCUUCAUUAUCCUACUUCUGAAAAACUUCACUCUCCUUGCUGUGCUGUUUUUAGCUUAUAUCUUUUAUGGUUUUUACACAUAUUUCAAGUAACGUCUCUUGUUAGUUUGGUGUGCAAUCAUCCCGAGGAUUUUGAUAGUACAUUAAACACCCUUUUUUUAUCUCUUCUUCAAUCCUUGGAAUUUCAGAAUUCCUCCGUGUCUUCUGCUUCUGUUUCUGCUACUUGAUAUAUCUGAUACAGGUAUAUUCACAGAGCUUAAAGUUUUAGCUUAGUUCAUCUUCGCAAGGUUCAAAAUGGCUCCAAGGAACAGUCGCGGCAAGGGUAAAGGCGAGAAGAAGAAGAAGGAAGAGAAGGUUCUGCCGGUUGUUAUGGACAUCACCAUAAACCUUCCCGACGAAACUAGCGUUAUUUUAAAGUUGCAAAUCAGCGCCACCAACUUUGUGACAGUGCCAUUUGGAAUAUCAACGGACAGGAUCAUAGAUGUUCGUCGGUUGCUGACUGUGAACACUGAAACUUGCAGUAUCACAAAUUUUUCAUUAUCUCACGAGGUACGCGGGCCACAGUUAAUGGACACUGUCGACGUGUCAGCAUUAAAGCCCUGCGUUCUCACUUUAGCGGAAGAGGAUUACGAUGAGGAGCGGGCCGUGGCGCACGUUAGACGACUGCUGGAUAUCGUCGCAUGUACGACUUGCUUUGGGCCAUCCGGUGCAACCAAGGACGGCGCGAAGUCAGACGUGGCCAAGAAUGCGGUUGAUAUUAAGAGCGCCAAGAAAACUACGGCGAAAUCCAGUAAUGACAAGCAAUCGCCACCACCGCCAUCAUCCAAAAUUUCAAAAUCACCGUCGUCAAAUGACGUGCCCGUUGACGGAGACGGAGAUAUGAGCCACUCCUGCCCUAAACUCGGCAGUUUUUAUGAGUUCUUCUCUCUUUCACACCUCUCUCCUCCUCUUCAUUUUAUAAGGAGGGCAACGAAGCGGCAUCUCGAAGACGUUUCCGCUGAUGAUCAUCUUUUAUCACUUGAUGUGAAGCUUUGCAGUGGGAAGUUGCUUCAUGUUGAAGCUUGUAAGAAGGGUUUCUAUAGUGUAGGAAAGCAGUCGAUACUUGGCCACAAUCUUGUUGAUUUGUUGCGGCAGCUUAGCCGAGCCUUUGAUAAUGCUUAUAGUGAUCUCAUGAAAGCAUUCUCGGAGCGUAAUAAGUUUGGGAAUCUUCCUUAUGGUUUCAGAGCAAAUACAUGGCUCAUCCCUCCUAUUGCAGCACAAUUACCAUCAGUUUUCCCUCCUCUUCCGGCAGAAGAUGACGCUUGGGGAGGAAAUGGAGGUGGUCUAGGAAGAGAUGGAAAAAGUGAUUUGAUACCUUGGGCUUCUGAGUUUUCGUCUCUUUCAUCUAUGGCUUGCAAGACAGCAGAAGAGAGACAGAUCCGAGACAGGAAAGCGUUCCUUCUGCAUAGCUUAUUUAUUGAUGUUGCUAUUUUCAAAGCCAUCAAUGCAGUGCAGCAUGUUAUGGGAAGAUCGGAUCUAACCUGUUCAACUAACACCGAAAUUCUUUAUACUGAGAAAAUUGGGGAUAUGAGCAUCGUGAUUAUGAAAGAUGCAACCAAUGCAAGCUUUAAAGUGGACACCAAAAUUGAUGGAACUCAAGCAACUGGAGUGGAUAGAAAGAAUUUAGUAGGAAGAAACCUUCUGAAAGGGAUCACUGCUGAUGAAAAUACCGCUGCACAUGAUGUUGCUACCCUUGGUGUUGUCAAUGUAAGAUAUUGUGGCUAUGUAGCUAUUGUGAAAGUUGAUGAGAGAGGGAACAAAAAUGUUGGUCCUCCAUCUCAAAGCGUUGAACUUGAACAGCCUGAAGGCGGCGCUAAUGCUCUAAAUAUUAACAGUUUAAGAUUACUUCUUCACAAAACAACACCUUUAGAACACAAUAAACUGUUGCCACAUUUGCUAAAUUUGGAACGAGAAGAGCUUAAUGCUUCCCAAGCAUUUGUGGAGAGAUUGCUAGAAGAGAGUAUUGCUAAACUUGAGGAAGAGGAACCAGAGCAGGAUCAGUUUGUGAGAUGGGAACUUGGAGCCUGUUGGAUACAGCAUUUGCAAGACCAAAAAAAUGCAGAAAAAGACAAGAAACCAACAAAUGAGAAGGCUAAGAAUGAAAUGAAGGUUGAAGGGCUUGGUACGCCUCUUAGGUCGCUUAAGAACAAUAAGAAAAAAUUGGACGGAAGCAAUCAGAAAAUUCAGUCUGAAAAUUUAAAAUCCCAUGCAGAUGGAGUUACCGGGGAAUCUGAAUAUUCUACUAAAGCUUCUAUAGAAGCUCAGCUUGAAACCAGCGCCAAAGAUAAUGAGCUUGCACUUAAAGAGAUGCUGUCUGAUGAGGCGUUUGCUCGACUAAAAGAAUCUGAAACUGGACUUCAUCGUAAGUCUUUGCUGGAAUUAGUUGACUUGUCCAACAAAUAUUACGUUGAAGUUGCUCUACCGAAACUGGUAGCAGAUUUUGGUUCUCUGGAACUUUCUCCCGUUGAUGGCCGGACUCUGACAGACUUCAUGCACACUAGAGGCCUUCAGAUGCGUUCUCUGGGACAUGUUGUGAAGCUUUCAGAAAAGUUGUCACAUGUGCAAUCACUCUGUAUCCAUGAGAUGAUAGUUCGAGCCUUUAAGCACAUUCUUCAGGCUGUGGUAUCUGCUGUUGGUAAUACUGAGAAAAUGGCAGUAUCAAUAGCUGCUGCACUGAAUCUGAUGCUGGGGGUUCCUGAAAAUAAAGAACUAAAUAAGUCUCGUAAUGUCCAUUCCCUUGUGUGGAGAUGGUUGGAGGUGUUCUUGAUGAAGCGAUAUGAAUGGGAUCUUAAUAGCUUAAAUGACAAAGAUGUUCGGAAAUUCGCAAUUCUACGGGGAUUAUGUCACAAGGUGGGCAUUGAGUUGGUUUCAAGGGAUUUUGAUAUGGAUUCUCCAAGCCCAUUUUGGAAAACAGAUAUUGUCGGCCUGGUGCCUCUGCAUAAGCAAGCAGCAUGCUCAUCUGCAGAUGGAAGGCAACUCCUGGAAUCGUCAAAAACUGCUUUGGAUAAGGGAAAACUUGAAGAUGCAGUUACCUAUGGAACAAAGGCCCUUGCAAAGCUGGUAGCAGUUUGUGGUCCCUACCAUCGAAUGACUGCAGGUGCUUACAGCCUCCUUGCUGUAGUCUUGUAUCACACUGGAGACUUUAAUCAGGCAACAAUUUAUCAGCAAAAAGCUUUGGAUAUCAAUGAGAGAGAACUAGGACUUGAUCAUCCAGAUACGAUGAAGAGCUAUGGGGAUCUUGCUGUGUUCUAUUAUAGACUUCAGCACACAGAGCUAGCUCUCAAAUAUGUUAAGCGUGCUCUAUAUCUUUUGCAUCUCACUUGUGGCCCAUCUCAUCCAAACACUGCUGCAACAUACAUUAAUGUGGCCAUGAUGGAAGAAGGACUUGGGAAUGUGCAUGUUGCCCUCAGAUAUCUUCACAAAGCACUGAAGUGUAAUCAAAGGUUACUUGGUCCAGAUCAUAUACAGACCGCAGCAAGUUACCAUGCCAUAGCAAUUGCACUCUCAUUGAUGGAGGCAUACCCUUUGAGUGUUCAACAUGAACAAACAACUUUGCAAAUUCUUCGAGCAAAGCUGGGCCAAGAUGAUCUACGUACACAGGAUGCUGCUGCUUGGCUUGAGUAUUUUGAGUCCAAGGCUUUUGAACAGCAAGAAGCUGCACGAAACGGUACUCGGAAGCCUGAUGCAUCCAUAGCCAGCAAAGGCCACUUGAGUGUAUCAGAUUUACUUGACUACAUUAAUCCAAGUCAUGAUGCCAAGGGAAGAGAUGUCUCAGCCCUAAAGAGAAAGAGCUAUAUUACAAAGGUGAAGGGAAAAUCGUUCCGAGAUAUCAAUAUCACAAGUUCUGAUGAAUCUCCCAAAGAAGAUCUGAAAGAAAGUUCAGAUGAUGAGACACAUGUACCUGAACCAGGAGCUGACGUAGAAGUUAACCAGGGGAUUAGCGCUGUACCGUUUCAGCAGCAGCAGCUUGUGGAGGAAGAGGCUACAAAGGAAAAUUUCAACGUUGCCAAAGAAAUUUCAUCUGAAACACACGAUGGAGGAGAUGAUGGAUGGCAACCAGUUCAAAGGCCCAGAUCUGCUGGCUCAUAUGGACGGAGGAUAAAGCAGCGGCGAGCGACAAUUGGCAAGGUUUAUAGUUAUCAGAAAAGGAGUAUGGAUGCAGUUGUGGACUACCCACCAGUCAAGAAUACUCAUCAGAACAGUAGGUAUUAUCUUUUAAAGAAACGGACAAUAUCUCAUGGAAGUUCUGUGGACCACACUGUGAAUUCUUUGCAAGGUACCAAAUUUGGACGUAGAGUAGUUAAGGCUGUAACAUACAGGGUAAAGUCCACUGCUUCAUCUACCAAAACGGAUACAAAAGAAAAUGCUAGAAAUGGUGGUGAGCCCUUAAGUUCUCCAUCAGUAUCUCACCCCACUUCUGUACCAAAUGAUCUCAGUUCGAUGAAAAAAUCAAUAAUCAGUCUUGGAAAAUCUCCUUCUUACAAGGAAGUGGCAUUGGCCCCACCAGGUUCCAUUGCAAUGUUGCAUGUAAGAGCUCCCCAAAGUGAUAUUCCAGAUAAUCAAGAAUUCAGUGUUGGGAGAUGUGAAGAUGAAGGAAAUGAAGAAAAAGAAACUGUUAAUACUGGCACAGAAAACUUUGUUGAAGAGAAGAACAGAAAUUCUAUAACGGAAUCAACUGAUAACUCAAAAGAGGAAAUUGGCAUUGUUGAAAAGAGGGAAGAAACUCAGUUAAAUGAUUUGGUGGAAGGUAGUCCUUCUUUGAUGUUGUCUAAGAAUGGGAAAGAACUUCAUUCUCGUGUUGUUGAGGUUCAUGAAGUGGUACAGGAUACUAGAUUGAUUGAUGGUAUACCCAAUUCAAUUGAUUCUCCUCCAAGGGAAUUUUAUGAGAAUGAUUCAUCCAGAGGUUUGGAAUCCCCUGAUAAUUCAAACCCUGAUGUGCAAGUAUUAAAGGAUUUGAAGGACAAACCUCUGCCUACGAAUUCAGAUGAUACUAGGGGAUUACCGAACAGGAAAUUGUCUGCAUCAGCAGCACCAUUCAACCCAUCACCAGGUGUUUCACGUGCACCAGUAGCCAUGAACAUGACUAUGCCUCCUGGUCCUGUUACUCCUUGGCCUGUAAACAUGACUCUUCACCCAGGGCCUGCUGCUGUCUUAUCCACAGUUAACCCAAUGUGCUCUUCCCCGCACCACCCAUAUCCGUCACCUCCUCCAACUCCUAACAUGAUGCAGCCAUUGCCUUUUAUGUACCCUCCUUAUUCACAACCUCAAGCAGUGCCUACCAGUACAUUUCAUCACAAUCAUUUCUCAUGGGCAUGCAAUGUGAACCGCAAUGUAUCAGACUUCAUUCCUGGAACAUUUUGGCCUGGCUGUCAUCCAGUGGAGUUCUCUGUUCCACCACCAAUUGUUGAGCCAAUUGCUGAUCCAAUAUUGAAGCCGAAAUUGCAAUCUGAUGACGCUACAAGUCCAAGUUCAGUACCAAUCCUGCCAGUGGAUAUUGAUGCUGUGGAAGAAGCUAAGAACGAAGUGAACAUUCAAGCAUCUAAAGCUGUGGAUAAUGCAAAUGAAGCUGUUGAGAUUGGUUUGGAAAGUGUAAAGGAAAAUGGUGAUUCAAAUCUAAGUGGGAUUGAGAAUGCCGGGAACAGGCCACAUCAUUUCAACAGUCCAAAUGAAAGUUCUGGAAGUAGAGUUGAAAGAACUGAAGGUGAGAAAACCUUCAGCAUUUUAAUAAGGGGGAAACGGAACCGAAAGCAGACUUUGAGAAUGCCAAUUAGUUUGCUUAAUCGACCAUAUGGGUCACAGUCCUUCAAAGUCAUAUAUAACAGGGUAGUCAGAGGGAGUGAAUCUCCAAAGUCAACCAGCUUUUCUUCAGCUGAAGAUUCUGCUGCCAGUGCUAUAUAAUUUAGGUUUUGUUUUUUUACAAAGCUAGUAUAGCAGGUCCGUUGGGGAAAAAGAAAGAAGUUGCAAACCUUCAUUCUAUCAUAAAAGGGACACAAGUUAUUUUUUUUUUUUGUUUGUUUUCUCUUUUUUCCUUUUUUCUGGCAUUCAUCCGUACAAAUUGCCUUGCCUCAUCAGUUUUAUGGUCACACUACACACCACCUUCUGAAAGGAUGCAGAUACUCUGCUUUUGAUGAUAUGCAAAUGGAUGCUGGUGAUGAGGACCGAAAGGCUCUCUCUUCUGCAUCAGGUUUACAAUUUGAAGAUUGCGCCUAGGACUCCCCAUAGCUUUUGCUUGAUUUGCAGGGUUAUGAUAGUAAGAUACUCCUGGAAAAUCAUAGUUGUUUUUUUAUGAUAACAAUUUUGAUUCAUUCAUGAUAUGGUUAGGAAAUUUUGGUAUCUUGAAAUUUAAGUUUUUUGAUUUGUCAUAGCAAUAAUGAGUUGGAUCAUUAAUUUGAUUUAAUUGUACAUGACUAUUUUUUUUUUUCAAAGAGGCAUUGACAUAUUGUUAUUAGUUUA